AUGACAGACCAGGCUAAUGGACUGGAGAUGGCGGCUCAGCCAGCGAUGGCAGAGAUGCCGUUUGCCGUUGGCGACUUCCCAGCCGGCACGGUUCUGGCCAGUGGAAACAGCUGGAGAAACCAGAGCACGAAUAUCGAUAUAUACGCUAGUGAAUACAAAGGUCACACAUGGAAGUUUUCGUCAGCAAUGUGGCGAAGGGCAAUGGACCGGAUACUACAAAUGGGAAUCGAUGUAUUUGGGAGCCAUUCAUUCUUUGGCGUGUUCUACUCUGAUCAGCGUGACGCGCUGCAUGGCCAGAAGCUUGCUCACCAGGAAUCGACAGAUUUGAAAUCAUGGAGCUCCGUGAUAGAUGAUGUGGCAUAUCUCAACUAUACCGCCCGUCCUGGAAUGACGGUUAUUUCCUAUAUUCCACCGUUGGAGAAGUGGAUUCUGGUGCACGAGUUUCCAGGGGGAGACAGCUGGUCUGGGGCAGGCUAUCCGGUCUACUAUCGAUUGUCUGGUAACCCAUUCGAAUUUCGCUUUGCCUAUGGUUAUCAAAUCGUCGUAGACGGAAUACAGCCUAGCUCGUCUCCUUAUGUUGUCUGGUCCCCAGUCGGGGGCGUCAAUGGGACCAUCGUCGUUAGUGACGCUGAUAAUAGCAGCAUUUCUACCAACCGAGCCAACGGCCAGCCUGAUCAGUGGGAGAUCCACGCCACACCGCAGCCGGCAGCAUACAGCCGGAGCCUACAUGUGUUUGCGAAGCAUCCUGAUCACUUGAUGAUACUGGGUGCAGCUGAGUUUGGUCAAGUAGAGCAUUUGCCGCUCUAUCUCAGUAUUGUGAGCGUAACAAAUACCUUCAGGCGGCCAGCUGGUGAUUAG